GGGCAGGGCAGAGCAGUGCAGUGCAUAGGUCGCAAUUUCGGCAACGCAACACAGCGCCAGCUGCAGGCUUCCUUUAUCUUUUCCGGAGAAGACAGUGUUUAAGAUUUAAAAUGUAGCUUUAUUUGUAAUAUUUAAUGGUUAUGUUUUUGUAUAGCCCCACAGAGUUCACAGGCUGAGGCUACAGUCUUGGGUCUGCCUCAUAUGCCUCCACUUUUUUCGUACCUUCUGUCUCCUUCCUUCAGCUCUUUCACCCAACUUGUUCUGCACCACCUUCUUUCUUAAUUUCACGCUCUUUUCUUCAAAUUACUACACUCCCCCUUCAAUUACUCUCUCAACCAUAUCUAUUCAAUUCAAGAGUAAAUUCACCCUACAUUUCUCACUCUUCUAAAACGUGUCCCCUCUCCCUUCUACCUUUAUUUAUUCUCUUCUCCCUCCUCGUGUCCCAAAGGAAUAUCUCUCUCACCCUUUUUUUUCCCUUUUCCCUCUCCACUUCUUCCUCCACCGUUUCCCUUACUCAAUGCUUUGCUAUUGCUACUCUUCUCCAACAUGACUACGCCACCGACCAAGUUCACUCACCACACCAAACUACUCACACUCACUCACACCCAACACCACCCACCAAAAAACCCAUGUCCCAGACUUGUCAGAAUAACCGUCACGGACACUGACGCCACCGACUCCUCCAGCGACGAAGAACAAACCUUUCACUCUUCCAAGCGCCAACGCCAACGACAACGCCACACCAAAUUCAUCAACGAGAUUUCCAUCGAGCCCUGCGCUGCCGAGAACGACGCCGUCUUUUCCGGGAAGAGAGUUCGAAGAAGGAGCGUGGUGGGCAAGGGCAGAGUUGCAGAGACUCCGCGCGGGUCGACCGGAAAGAAAUUCCGAGGAGUGAGACAGAGGCCGUGGGGAAAAUGGGCUGCCGAGAUACGAGACCCGUCGCGACGCGUGAGGUUAUGGUUGGGUACCUACGACACUGCCGAGGAAGCCGCCUUAGUGUACGACAACGCGGCCAUUAAGCUGCGUGGACCCGACGCGCUCACCAAUUUCAUAACGCCACCUGCCACGUGGCACAACAAAGACCAGACGCCGGUGUCCAACGGUUACGCCUCCGUUGAGGAAACUCAGAACAAAAACCUGUUUUCUCCCACCUCCGUACUUCAUUCUUGCUCUUUGUCUGAGGAAGCUGAAUCCGUGACCGGCAAAGACGAUGACUACUCCUCCGUGUCUGAAAGUUCCAAGGCAAAAGCUGAGUCACCGUUUCCGGUUCCGAUUCCGAUUCCGAGUGAACUAAAAUUUGACUUCGAAGACUGUUUGGCGGCGCCGGACGUGUACGGCGAGUUAGAUGGCGCUGCGGCGGCUGAGAGUGUUUUGUUCUCCGACGAUGACUGGCCUGGGGUGUUUCUCACUGCUUGUGAGGAUUUCGGUUUGAAAAGUUGGCAUGCAGACAGAAAUCAUGACUUUUUCCAAGACAUCGACGAUUUAUUUGUCUCCGAUCCUCUUCUUGCUCUUUGAAAUUAUGAGUUUCUUAUAUAACACACAGAUUCCCGUCCUUGUCGUGCUCCAGAAAUCGGCAAAUUUUGUACCGGCGGGAAAUCAUAGCAAUGUAAUCACUAAUAGUUUUUUUGUCACUUUUUUUCCUGUUAUUCUCCUUGUCGCCCUUUCUAAAAUUGUAACAGUGAUGUAGUAGUGACUGUGUUUCAUCCUUCAAA